AUGCUCUACUACGGCCUAGUAGUCGUCGGCACCGCCGCCGUCGUCCUCGCCCUCUACAACGUCGUGAUCAUCCGAUUCUGCAUCCGUCACCGCCGCCCGCCGUCGACUCCCGGCGGCAGCGACGGGGAAACUGCGAAUCACUACGGAAGCCGGGGCCGCCGCCGCGUGAAUAACCUGCGGGCGCUGUCGAGCUUCAAGUACAGGAAGCAAGGAAGAGAAGGCGGCAGUGAUGAUGACGGCGGCGGCGGCGGCGGGAGGAGGAGGAGCUUCGGCGAGUCGUGCGCGGUGUGCCUGUGCGCGUUCGAGGAAGGGGAGGAAGUGUGGCAGCUGCCCAACUGCGGCCACCGGUUCCACGUGGCGUGUAUUGAUAUGUGGCUCUACUCUCACCCCGACUGCCCUCUCUGCCGUGCCGCCGUUCAGAUUUCGCCGCCGCUGCGGCCCAUAACUACGACGACGACGACUACUACUACUUCCGCCGGAGCAGCUGCCGUGUCGAUGACGUCAGGCAGCCAGCUGUCAUCGGCCGGUGGACAACGACAAGAAGGGAUUGUGUUGAUGAUAAGCUCUGCUCCCUUUACUUGA